UCAUUAUUUACCCGACUAUAGUGGUGUUACUUUCUACCCUUCCGCAUCAUAAUUCAUGGCGACCCUGCCAGUCGGGCUGCUUGAGGCAGCCCCAGUUUAGACGCCGCCCAGUAGCCCAGCCAGCCAGCCAGCCACCCAGCCAGUCAGUCAGCCAGCCAGCCAGCCAGCCAGCCAGCCACUACCAACACCGCCUGUGCCCAACAGCAACCACCAGAUGACUACAGGGCAUGACGAGUGCGGCAUGCGCGCGCCGGCCGCCGACGCCAGCGUGCCCCCGCACCUGCGCUACAACACCGAGGCCGCCCGGCUCCGCACCUUCAAACACUGGCCCAAGAGCAUGAAGCAGAAGCCCGAGGAGUUCGCCGGCUUCUACUACACCGGCCAGAGCGACAAGACCAAGUGCUUCUACUGCGACGGAGGACUCAAGGACUGGGAGAAGGACGAAGUCCCGUGGGAGCAACACGCGCGUUGGUUCGACCGGUGCGCGUACGUUCAGCUCGUCAAGGGAGGAGAUUACGUCCAGAAGGUCAUAUCGAAGACGUGCGUCGUCCCCAAAACGGUACCCAAUAUGAAAACGAACAAGUAA